CUUCGUGGGAUUGGAAGGGAUAACGUUGAAGGGCGUAAGGAUACGACGGGGCUACGCGUCGCUAGCAGGUGCACUGCGCAGGGAAACGAGGAGUAACACGGGAGGAACGAGUGCACGGUUGAGGGUGUUUUACCGUUAAAACCACCGAAGUCACGUCCCACCUCGCAACGGGACCCCGCGGCUUUCACCGGGAUAAUGUCACGAUCGGAUACCAUCGGCUGACCUUUCUUCUCCGGAGUGACUGCAUUCUCUACAAAUAGAAGCCAUUCACUCAAGUACCAACAAAAUGUCCGGGACCUACACACCUGCCCCUGGGGGCCCAUUCUCUGCUCUCACUCCAAGUAUGUGGCCUCAGGAAAUCUUGGCCAAGUACCAUCAAAAAGCCUCAUCAGAGCAGCCUGAACUCCAGUAUGAUGAGUUUGGCUUCAGAGUGGACACUGAAGAUGGUGGGGAGCCCAGGUCCUGGCUGGGCGCUGAAGGCUCACCCCAGCGUGAAGAUCCCCAGCAGCGAUUGCGCUGGCAAGCCCACCUGGAGUUCACCCACAACCACACAGUGGGUGACCUGACCUGGGAGCUCAUUGAUCCUGUCCUUCCACGCUCCGAGCGUCUGCGUUCCUUGGUGCUCGGGGGCAUACCUCACAGCAUGAGGCCACAGCUUUGGAUGCGGCUGUCUGGAGCGCUGCAGAAAAAGAGGACCUCUGAAAUCUCCUACAGAGAAAUCAUUAAGAACAGCUCCAAUGAAGACUCCACCACAGCCAAACAGAUAGAGAAGGACCUCUUACGGACAAUGCCAACCAAUGCUUGUUUCAACACUAUGACCAGUGUUGGAGUGCCGAGGCUCAGGCGGGUAUUGAGAGGUCUAGCCUGGCUCUACCCGGACAUCGGGUACUGUCAGGGUACUGGGAUGGUGGUUUCCUGUCUGCUGCUCUUUCUUGAGGAGGAGGAUGUCCUGUGGAUGAUGUGUGCCCUGAUUGAAGACCUUCUCCCUCCAGCCUACUUCUCCUCCACUCUGCUCGGUGUCCAAACGGACCAGAGGGUUCUCCGCCAGCUCAUUGUUCAGUACCUACCUGCCCUCGACCGCCUUCUGCAGGAGCAUGACAUAGAGCUGUCACUGAUCACACUCCAUUGGUUCCUGACAUCAUUUGCCAGUGUGGUGGACAUCCGUCUGCUCCUUAGGAUCUGGGAUCUGCUCUUCUACCAGGGCUCGUUGGUGCUCUUCCAGGUCACACUGGGGAUGCUCAAGAUCAAGGAGGAGGAGCUUGUAUCCUCAGAGAACUCUGCUUCCAUUUUUAAUACUCUGUCGGACUUGCCAAGCCAGCUGAGAGAUGGACCUGCAGUUCUUGGGGAAGCUAUGAGGCUAGCAGGGACACUGUCCCAGGAAACUCUGGACGCCCACCGACACAAGCACCAAGCUUAUAUCCUAAAUGAACAGGCGCAGCUCAGCAAUGGAAACAACACAACUCACAACACAAAUCUCAACAAGGUGGUGAGAAGACAGUCGCUGCGCAGGAAGUCCACCCUGAGCUCCCUGUUGUUUGGGGACGAUGAGGCAGAAGCUCUAAAAUCUAAGAACAUAAAGCAGACAGAGCUGGUCGCUGCCCUGCGUGAGGCCAUAACUCGUACUGCAGAGCACUUCCACUGUUUGGACCCAUGUCACUCCAGCACUGACCUGACUCCUGACUACUCCAUGGAGAGCCACCAGCGGGAUCAUGAAAACUUUCUUGUUGUGUCACGUAACCGGCGGAGACGGGCAAAGGCUUUGCUGGAUUUCGAGCGACACGAUGACGACGAACUGGGCUUUAGAAAGAAUGACAUCAUCACUAUCAUCUCACAAAGGGAUGAACACUGUUGGGUUGGGGAGCUGAACGGCCUCAGAGGCUGGUUUCCAGCAAAGUUUGUGGAGAUCCUUGAUGAAAGAAGCAAAGAGUAUUCAUUAGCAGGUGAUGACUCUGUGACAGAGGCAGUGACAGACCUGGCCAGAGGCACAUUGUGUCCGGCACUAAAGGCCAUCUUUCAGCAUGGUCUCAAGAAGCCGUCUAUACUGGGAGGGCCCUGUCACCCUUGGUUAUACAUAGAGGAGGCGGCCAGUAGAGAGGUAGAGAGGGACUUCAACUCUGUCUACUCAAGAUUGGUGCUUUGUAAAACCUACAGAUUAGAUGAAGAUGGGAAAGUACUCACACCAGAGGAGCUGCUUUACAGAGCAGUACAGUCAGUCAACAUGAGCCACGACACUGCACACGCUCAGAUGGAUGUCAAGUUUAGGUCUCUUGUCUGCAUCGGCCUCAAUGAGCAGGUGCUUCACUUAUGGCUGGAGGUGUUGUGCUCCAGCAUGGCUGCUGUAGAGAAAUGGUAUCAGCCCUGGUCGUUCCUGCGCAGUCCUGGAUGGGUUCAGAUCAAAUGUGAGCUCAGGGUUCUAUCAAAGUUUGCCUUCAGUCUCUCCCAGGAUUGUGAGCUACCCGACAAAAAACAGGAGAAGGAGCAGAGGCCGUUGAAAGAAGGCGUGCAGGACAUGUUGGUGAAACAUCACCUCUUCAGCUGGGACAUUGAUGGCUAGUCUCCCAGCAAAACAUGGCUGAAUCCCACCCUUUCCUGUGCAUCUGUUUAUAUUUGAUGUCUCCUCACUUGUCGAUCCUAAACGCGACUCUAUUGUCUGCUACAUGAAGUGACUGCUUCACAGACACUCAAUAAUGAAGACUGAAACCCUCACGUCCCCACCGAGGAUGACUGGUUUGUAUGAGCUGAAGGAUGUGUGCAUUAAGGUGCAUACUUUAUUUUUAUUCAGACCCUCUAUAGGGGGUUUCACUUCAUAUUUAAAACGAUGUAUAAAAAGGUCAGGCACUCCUCUAGUACAGAAGAGUCUGUACUCACUGGACUGGAACAUUUCUGGAGAACUGACUACACUGAGCUUUCAGCUUUUUAUUGCUGACUGAGUUUUACGCGGGAGUGAGACAUGCAGUCCGUUCUCCAUCUACGUUCAAGGCAGCAGCGGGUGAUCACACACACUGGGCCUUUUGAACAUGGUCCCAAAAUCCACAUCAGCCUGUAAACUUCCCAAAGUGAAGACCAAAACAGAACAUUCCUGAACGUGGAGCUGUAAAGUUACUUAUUAUUUUAGAGGAAUGCUACUUACCUCAAUAUCCUGAAUUCCCCAAAAUAUUCCAGUAAACACUAAUGUUGCACACACCAAGUAAAGCCUUUUCAAAUUGUGAUACAAGACGAUGGGAAUGUGUGCUACCUGAACCGUGGUAGUGUGCAGUCUGCACUUGUAUGACAUAUUGUAAAUGAAACAGAUGCUUUUCGUGUUAAAAUCUACAGAAAAUAAAUGUUACAUAUAUAUAUAUAUAUAUGUGUGUGUAUAUACAGUGGAGGUCCUAAAGUCAGUUUGUAAUGUUUUUGUGUAUAAAUAUAUCUGUCUACUAAAUGUGUACUUGCAAGCUUAAGAAAUUUAACAUAGGAUUUAAUUAAUCUAAUUUAGUUUAAACGGUCUGUAAAAACCAGGGGGUUGCCUGUAAAUUCUGGACCAAAAGUGUGGACUGGAGAGUUAAUGUCAACAAAACUAAAUGAAUUUAUUUUGUAAUGCAAAAUGAAACUAAGCUUUAUGUUCACUUAUUUCAUUUUCAUCAGGUAUAUCUUUAGAUCUUUGCUACAUACAGUAACUAGAAUGGCACACAGUAGUGCGCAUACCUCCACCAAGCCCAAAAGUCCUUUUAUGAACCCACAUUUAAAUUCACUGAAACCGAAUUUCACACACGCAUCAGGCCAGUUUUUUUUUUUUGUUUUUUUUUAAUCUAAAAUAAUCAAUGAACAUGUUGAAAAAUUGCCUUUUGCAAUGUUGGAGAAGGUGAAAAAAAUCCUGGCUUGCCCCCCUGAUCCAGAUCUACAAUCUCAAUGGUUUCCUCCUUUGGUUAUGGCCAUGCCCUCCAUAAAAUCCCAUGGAAAUAGAAACGUGUGAAAACAAACCUGCUUGGUGGAGGUGACAGCAGAUCAGUUGAAUGUGUUGCUAUUCUUGGCAUGAAGCUUGAAACUGUUGCGUAAUUUCAUUGAUUUUUUUCUUUCACUCUCAGAUGUGCAGAAAACACAAUCAUCAUACUUAGUUUUACAAGAUUGUAGCAAAAAUCUACUUAUAAAGGUACGUUAAACAUGUCACAGUAGAUUUGAGAAAAAGAAUCAGGUGACUAUUGUAAACUCAUCCAUCCCUUCUCUAGUUGAAGUCAAAUAAUGUUUUCACUCGUUAAGAUUAUUUUAAUACAUGAUUAGAAAAAUUUAGAUGCUCAAAUUUAAGAAGAAACGCUGUUGAAAAGUUCAGUAAAACCUGUUUAUUAACGUUCAGGUUUUAAAGCGGCAAAGUUUAAAAUGUCACAACAUGUUAACAGCAACCGGCCUUAACACACAGGGUACUAGAGUUACAGGUAUCACUGCAAGUACUGCAUGUUUUCAAAUCAUGAACAACUGUCGGAAUGAUGGGAUUAUGUGCUGUAUUUGUACUUACACUUAUUGGAAUACGGUGUGUACAUGGAUAUGAAGGACGGUGGAAGCAUCAGAUACAACAGUCUAAAAGCGCAGCUGAGAGUAGGUGGAAAGAUUAAGACCAAUCCGAAAGCCAACGUUCUGCAUGUGUGCUGCUGAAUAAAUAACUGACAAUUAUAAAACGUAACAGCUUAUAUUUUCUAUAUAUCUAGAAUUUGAAAUCACUGUGCCCUCUGCUACAUUCAUUUGAGAUUUGCAUACAUUUGUACAGUGGCAUCGUUCCAAACAGAGCACUACUAACAGCUAUUUAACAUAUGCAGUAUAAAUAGAACAUGGACUGUUUUUCAUUGCAAAUACACAGGGAAUGCAUGGGGGGGGGGGGUAUUUAUAGCUGCUCAUAUUGAUACUGGACCCUCCCCAUCACUGACACCGAGCCAGAGAACUGAAUUAAAGAUUCCGUGGACAAAAUUACAUAAAUCAGCAUCCUGAGUGAGGCUAACCUCAGAAACCUCACUGUUUUCCAUUAUCCAAACAUUUCAAAAACGCAAAAGCAGCUGACAUUAAAAUACAGAGAGGCUGCAUGCCUUCUGGUUUGGGACGCAUCAUUCUCGGUGUUCCCUUUAAAAACAAUAAGAAAAAAAAAAAAA